UUGUGAAGUGCAGUGUGUGGCUGCAGAGCUGAUCCUGUAGGUAAAAGGUUGCCAGCUUGUUAGCGAUGGAGGAAAUCUAUGCCAAUGUUGCAUAUGACAAGUCUGUUGGCCCGAGAGCUUCGACAAAUCCCACAGGUCGCAAGAGCUCAGAGAGGCAAUUUAAUGGAGCUGUUGUUCUCUGCCUGGGGCUGCUCAGUGUUUUCCUAUUGGCUGGGCUCAUCGGCCUCAGUGUCCACUAUCACAACUCCUCACGGCGUUCGGCUGCAGAGCUCUCCUCUGUCAAAGCCAACCUGACUGAGCGUCUCCAGGUCAGUUACAACAAGUCGUCUGCCCUGACUGAAGAGAGAGACCAGCUGAAUGUCAGCCUCAUUGAAAUGACCAAAGAGCGGAACUGGCUGGAGAGAAGGUGUCCUGCAGGAUGGAUGGUGUUCAGUUGUUCCUGUUAUUUCGUCUCUUUUAAGUCUGGUUCCUGGGAUGAAGCCAGACAGGACUGCAAGGAGAGAGGAGCAGAUCUGGUGGUGAUAGACAGUGCUAAAGAACAGACGUUUGUAGUGUCCACCGGGAAAACUGCUUGGAUCGGUUUGACUGACAGAGAUGAGGAAGGAACCUGGAAAUGGAUAGAUGGAACUCCACUGACUCUGAAGAACUGGGAGAAGAAGCAGCCUGAUAAUGGUGGUGGAGAUCCACAGUGGGGCGAAGAGGACUGUGCACAUAUGAGAUAUGGCGAGUGGAAUGACCGGUCAUGUGACAUCCAUCUGCAGUGGAUCUGUGAGAAAACAGCUCAACAUUCUGCCUUGAUUGCAACUCAGUGCACCUGGGCCCGGUGCACUGAAGCUGAUAAAAGUUGUGGUCACCCAUUCACUCACUCUCUGCUUCUUCCUACAGGCAACCACUCUGGUCUGGUUUGGCCACUUGAACUGGGUCGUAACACAGAGAGGAGACUUUAUGGAGCUGUUGUUCUCUGCCUGGGGCUGCUGAGUGUUCUCCUGCUGGCCAGGCUCAUCGGCCUCGGUGUCCACUACUAUGACUCCUCACGGCGUUCAGCUGCAGAGCUCUCCUCUGUCAAAGCCAACCUGACUGAGCGUCUCCAGGUCAGUUACAACAAGUCGUCUGCCCUGACUGAAGAGAGAGACCAGCUGAAUGUCAGCCUCAUUGAAAUGACCAAAGAGCGGAACUGGCUGGAGAGGUGUCCUGCAGGAUGGAUGGUGUUCGGUUGUUCCUGUUAUUUCCUCUCUAAUAAGACUAAUUCGUGGGAUGAAGCCAGAAAGGACUGCAAGGAGAGAGGAGCAGAUCUGGUGGUGAUAGACAGUGCUAAAGAACAGCUGUUCCUUUCUAAGUUCACCGAGAAGGGAACUCAUGCCUGGAUCGGUCUGACUGACGAAGCCAAGGAGGGGACCUGGAAAUGGAUUGAUGGGGCUCCACUGUCUCUGAAGUACUGGCAAAAAAAACAGCCUGAUAAUGGAGGUGGAUAUGCCAAUCUUGGGGAAGAGGACUGUGCCCAUGUCAUAAUACCUGGAGAGAAUAAUCGAGAGAACUGGAAUGAUUUGUCUUGUUUCACCAGUCAGAGAUGGAUCUGCGAGAAAAUGUUUGAGAUUGAAGGUUUGUAAAUUUCAUAUUCUGGAUUGUAGAGAUCAGAAAUGUCCUUUAACGACAAAC